AUGUUUUUUGAUGGAUCGUCAUACGACUCUUAUGGAGGAGCAGGGAUAGUAUUUGAGACGCCCAAGAAAAAAUUGUUAUCAUUCGCUUUUAAGCUAGACUUUGAAUGUAGCAAUAAUGUGGCAGAAUAUGAGGCAUUGAUUCUUGGGUUACGAAUGUCCGAGGAACUCAAUCUAGGAGAAAUCGACGUCAAGAGAGACUCGAAUCUAGUCACAAACCAAAUAUCGGGUGAUUUCCAGGUAAAGGUGGCGCAUUUGGCACCAUACGGAGCAGAAGCUCAAGAACUAAUAACGAUAAGAGGAUGCACCGUCAUCGAGCAUACUGGAAGAUCCACCAACAAGCAUGCAGAUGCGUUGACUACCUUAGCGGCCAUGCUACAGUUAAAUGAAGCCGACGAAGGCACCAUAGUGGUAAAAAGAAGGGCACUACCCAGCACAUGGAAAAAAGAUGCAGCAUUCGAAUUAAAGGAUGAUUGGAGAACAUCAUACAUCGAAGAUCUGACUAGAGAGGCGGAUGAUCAGUUACUGCCCGUUAAAUUGUUGAAACAUUUUGUUGUAAUCCGAGGAGCGUUGUACUUUCGAACAUCCGGAGGUGCUUUAUCACGAUGUGUGGGAAAGUCAGAAGCGCAGGAAAUAAUGAAUUGCGUCCAUGAAGAAUCAUCCGGACAGACAGGAAGGAUAAAACUGUACCGACGACUACAGAGGAUGGGUGUAUACUGGCCAAAUAUGGCAGUCCAAGCAGCAGUAAUCAAAGAUAAGUGUGACGAUUCUCAAGCACCCCAAUAA